AUACUAAGUGUUAUUGAAUAGAUUUCACUGUAUUACUGACACUCUACUCAGUAUAAUCAUUCUCUACAUGGAAAGGAAGGGAUAAAAUGCAUGGAGAUUUGCCCUUGUGUAUCGAAUGAAGGGAAAUCUGUAUAAGGAAGAGCAUGUCUGUAAAAUCAGCAGUACAGGAUAGUCGCAAGAAGAAACGAAGCUUAGAGAGUGUAGAAAACUAUCCAGCUAAGCGAAGAGCAAGCUGGGGCAUUCUUACUAACCAAGGGUCUUGGGCAGAUCGAUCACCUUUGCAUGAAGCAGCUAGUCAAGGUCGUCUCCUUGCCCUAAAAACAUUACUUUCACAAGGUUACAAUGUGAAUACUCUUACUAUUGACCACGUUACUCCUCUGCAUGAAGCUUGCCUCGGAGAUCAUGUUGGAUGUGCAAGAACUCUUUUGGAAGCUGGAGCAAAUGUGAAUGCUACAACCAUUGAUGGACUGACUCCUUUAUUUAAUGCCUGCUCAAGAGGCAGCGCUAGCUGUGUGGAACUUCUUUUGGAGUACGGGGCGAAAGCUCAGUGGGAAAUAUGUCUUCCUUCACCAAUUCAUGAAGCAGCAAGCAAAGGUCACAGUGAGUGUCUCGAUGUACUGAUCUCUUGGGGUGUAGAUGUGGACCAAGACAUUCCUCACUUAGGAACUCCUCUGUACGUUGCAUGUAAAGCACAGCAUAUCAGUUGUGUAAGAAAACUCCUUUAUGCAGGUGCUAACUUUCAGCAGGGAAGGUAUUUGGAUACCCCAUUGCAUGCUGCUGCUCAGCAGUCAAGCACUGAUAUUGUCAGCUUACUCCUGGAUUUUGGUGCUGAUGUAAAUGCCAAAAACUCUGAUUUCAAACGUCCUGUUGAUGUGGCAGCUGCAAAGAGCCCAGUGGAAAGACAGUUGCUUUUGUAUGAAGCUACUCCAUGUUCACUCUGCCAGUUAUGUAGAUUGUGUAUUCGAAACUACAUAGGAAGAUCCAGAAUGCAUCUUGUUCCCCAGCUCCAGCUACCAACAAUACUAAAAGAUUUCUUGCAGUAUCGAGAAAGCAUAAGACAUUUUUAAUGGAUUGUUUGCUUUAUGUAAAUUAUGUUAAAAAUAUUAUAUAAAUAAGAUGAAUUUUAACCAGAUAUAUAAUAGUUUUAAAGAUUAUGAUGAUUGUAAUAUCAAAGGACAUAAUAAUAUUAAAAGCCUAAAUAUAUGAAGUAUGGUUUGCUUUAACUAAAUGUUUCAUUAGACACUUUAAUAUUUGUACCUUAUCUAUAUGUGUGUAUAAAUAGCUGAUGAUAUCUUCUACUACAGCAUUAAAGUUAAAAAAGAUAAACAAAAAAUCAUGGUCUCUAUUCCACUUGGCGACAGUUACUAUAAAAGUGGUUUAUAGUAUGUUCACACACAAAAGCCAUGCUUAAAUUGUAUAUCAUUAUUUUCUGAUGACCAAUAUUUGAUGCCAAUAUCAUUUUUUUAAUCACAGUGGCUGAUGCCAAGCUCUGAUAAUUUGCAAUAUAAAAUGCCUCUCCUUUGUGCUGAAGUUUAUAUGAGUGUGUUCUACUUUAAGGGACAACUCUAAAGAAAAAAAUGACAUGGUCAAAUUCAUUAGAGUGUGUUUAUUGCAAUACUUACCUUAGAUUAAAGGGAUACUAAACCCAAUUUUUUUAUUUCAUGAUUCAGACAGAGCAUGCAAUUUUAAAGGGACAUGAAACCUAAUUUUUUUCUUUUAUGAUUUAGAAAGAACAUGCAAUUUUAAACAACUUUUUAAUUUAGUUCUAUUAUCUAAUUUGCUUCAUUCUCUUGAUAUUCUUUGCUAAAAAGCAUAUCUAGAUAGGCUAAGUAGAUGCUGAUUGGUGGCUGUACAUAGAUGCCUUGUGUGAUUGGCUCACUCAUGUGUAUUGUUUCUUCAACAAAGGAUAUAAAAAAUAAGCAAAUUAGAUAAUAGAAGUAAAUUGAAAUGAUGUUUAAAAUUGUAUUCUCUACCUGAAUCAUGAAAUAAAAUGUUUGGGUUUAGUGCCCCUUUAAGCAACUUUCUAAUUUACUCCUAUUAUCAUUUUUUCUUCGUUCUCUUGCUAUCUUUAUUUGAAAAGCAGGAAUCUAAGCUUAGAAGUGGGCCCAUUUUUGCUUCAGCUCCUAAGUAUCGCUUGUUGAUUGGUGGAUAAAUGUAGCCACCAAUCAGCAAGCGCUAUCCAAGGUUCUGAAACGAAAAUGUGCCAGCUACUAAGCUUACAUUUCUGCUUUUUAAAAUUAAAGAUAGCAAGAGAUGAAUAAAAAUUGAUAAUAGGAGUAAAUUAGAAAGUUCCUUAAAAUUGCAUCCUCUAUCUGAAUCAUAAAAGAAAACAAAUUGGCUUUAUUAUCUCUUUAAGCGAAGCUAGGGCAAGUCUUGCUUGGAAGCAAGAAGCAUUGCAAGUCCUACCAGUGAUUAUCAGCUUUGUACAACUGCUGCUUUUGAUUGGCUCACAAACUGUGGUCACGAUCACAAUCUAUUGGUUGCACAGUAAGUCUAAUCACAAUCAUGACACUGUGUUAUAAAGUGCUGGUGCCUAAAUGAUUGAACUUAUAAACUGGAACAUGCAUUUGUGACCAUGGGGGAUAUCUAUCAAGCCGUCAACUUUGUUAAAUUUGACGGCCCCAAUACGCUUGCCUAACAUUAUGAUCUCCAUAUUUAUAAAAAAAGCUGGCAAAAAGACGCACACCAAGUACGGGGCGAUGCGCAUCAGACUGUUGUUAAUUAGCAGUCAUCGAUCGAGCGUCUAUUCGGCUUUUCACCAACUUUAUUUAUACCCUGUCACUAAACGUCGCCACUAUACUAAAAUGUUUAACCCCUAUCCCGCCGCUCCCGGACCCCGUCGCCACCUAAAUAAACUUAUUAACCCCUAUCCAGCUGCUUCCAGAUCCCGCCACCACCUAAAUAAAGUUAUUAACCCCUAUCCCGCUGCUCCCUGACCCAGCCGCUACCUAAAUAAAUGUAUUAACCCCUAUCCUGCCACUCCCGGACCCCCCACCACUAAAUAAACGUAUUAACCCCUAAACCUCUGGCCUCCCACAUCACUACCACUAACUAAACCUAUUAACCCCUAAACCGCCAGCCCCCCACAUCGCCAUAAACUAAAUUAAGCUAUUAACCCCUAAACCUAACAACCCGCUAUCUUUAAAUUAAAAUUACAACUUUCCUAUCUUAUAAUAAAACUUACCUGUAGAAUUAAAAAAACAUUUUUUUUUAAACUAUUAAUUAUCCUACCCUAACUAUUAUACUACACUUAAAUUAAACUAGCAAUUAAAUUAACUAAAUUACAUAUUAAAAAACCCUAACCCUUCAAGGUUUAAUUUUACCCCUCUACGUCAGUCUCCUCCCUCCUGCCACACCUCCUUUUUUUUUCUCUCUUCUCUUCUGAUCUCUCUUCCUCUCCUUUUCUUCUCACUACACCGGUACGUCUCCUAUAGCCAUCAUAUCUCGUACACCCAUAAGUUCUUUGAUUUCAUAUCCUAAUCCGCGUAUGCACGCUUAGCGUAGUUAUACCCUAAUAUGUUACACACAUUGCGUUCAUCAUUAUUCCACGAACACAUUGUAAUACCUUGCACCAAUUAGCAAAUAGUGGCUUAGUACACUUAUUGUUUAGUCAUGAUAUAUGCCUCUAGAGGAAGGCUAUAUAUAGUGCCUUUGAAGCAAGCCUUAAUUUGCAGUACAAUAUUGAUAUAUGUGAACAUUUCCUUGUUGUGCAUUGCUCCCUGUUUACCCCCUUUUCUGUUAUUGUUCAGCUUUAAGGUAAUUAUUAAAACUUUGAGGUCUAAUGGUAAAAUAAUCCAUAAUCGAGUGGAAAUGAUUAUGGUUAUGUACAAUGGCACUAUGUUUGACAUCUUGUUUUUUUUCUUUCCUUUAUUCUAUUUUGUCUUUGAUUUUUGUGCUGUAACUUGCCUUUUGUAAUUCAAGAUUUACCUCAAUAAAAAUAAAUGUAAGAAAAAAAAAGAGUAGAGGUUUGUCUAAAACAGUGCUAAGUUCCUUUAACACCCUUGGGUGUAUUCCAUCUGGGCCUGGAGUUUUAUUUACCUUAAUAUUAUCCAGUCUUUCCUGAUAUCCUCUAAACAUAACCCAGUUAAUGGUAUGGACUGGCAUGUUCUAUUUUGUUCCAAAGUAUCAUCCAAUGGUUCCUCUCUUGUGUAUACUGAAUAAAAAAACUGGUUUAGUA